UCUGAUCUGACAGGAUCCCUGUCUGGAGCUGUCAUCAGCACAUGUGUGCAGCCACUGGAUGUGGUCAGGACGCGGAUGCAGGCUGACGCCACAAGGAAUGCCUUCUCUGGCAUGCUGGGCACUUUCCACUCAAUCGUUUCCAAUGAGGGUGUGAGGGCUCUGUGGAGGGGAACAAGCCCCACCAUUGCACGGCUCAGCAUUGGUCUGGGGUUACAGAUGUGCGUGAUGGAGAGCCUCAAAGAUGUGUUUCUCCGAAAACACUCAAAGCAAAAUCAGGCAGACAAGCUGACGAAGCCAGAGGCAUUCUUCACUGGAGGUUUCGCGCGAGCCACUGCAGCCGCUGUCACAUGUCCCUUCACAGUUGUGAAGACGCGGAUGGAGUAUGCAGGAUCUAGUGUACAAACAGAGGGUCUCAGGGGGCUAUUCAGAGGACUGGGUCCAACUAUCCUCACAAACGCACCUUUCUCAGCCUUCUACUACCUGUUCUACACCAGCCUCCAAGAAGGCAUGCAACAGCAUGGGACCUCAAAGACGGUGACGAAUCUGGCGUCGGGGGCGGUGGCGGCGGUGUGUGCGACGCUGCUGACUCAGCCGACAGACAUGCUGCGAACGCACAUGCAGCUGGGCCUGGGGCGCGGCAGAGCUCCCCUCAGCGUGGUGAAACGUACAAUGCAGACGGCCCUGGUUUGGACCCUGUACGAGGAGCUGCAACCAGCUUUGAAGCAGGUCUUGCAGAAGGCAAGCAAAUGA